UUUUGCUUAGUGUUGACUCCCUACAGUUGCCGUAACGAGGUAAACCGGAGGGCAGGAAGGAAGAUGGCUGCGUUUGCUGCAGCGCGGCGAUUUUCAGGGGUUUUACGAGCUUUUUGCUCUUUGGUCCCUUCAGCCUACAGUGGCUCAUGCACUGUAAGCCCUGUUUAUCGAUUAUCUUCAGUUCACAUCACUCAGAGGCAGACAUCCACAGAAUCUCUAAAAAAACCUCUUCUGUCUUUUGGCAGUACUUCACCUGGGCUUUCCUUCUCUAUAACAAAUAGAGUGGCACCCCUGCUUCAGAAUAUCCUUCAUCAGCAAGUAAGGACAGUCAUCAGUUACAGCUUGCGAAAAGGAAAAAGAAAAACCGUGAAAGCUGUGGUUAAGAGAUUUCUCCGACUGCACUGUGGCCUCUGGCUAAGAAGAAGGGCUGGUUACAAGAAAAAGGUGUGGAAAAAGAAGCCUAACCGGAUGAAGCGCUUGCGGGAGCAUGUAUUCUGCAACAAAACACAGAGUAAGAUGCUUGAUAAAAUGACUACUUCCUUCUGGAAAAGAAGAACAUGGUACGCCAAUGAUCCCUAUCAAAAAUACCAUGAUCGUACAAACUUGCACUUGUGAAUUAUCAAAUGCAUAUCAUUUAUAGUAUCUAUAUGCCAAUAUAAAAAUCAAUCAUUUUAUCCUACUUUUGUAGCAACCAUGUAUGAAGCUUUCAUUAAACUACUUAUGCACAAUAA